CUGCCUCCCCCCGUAAUCAGGAGCACUGGUUGUAACCUUUGUACAUGCCUUUUAAUUUUUGCAGGAAUUUAUGUCUGUCCCAAGUGUGGUCAUGAGUUGUUUAGUGCUAAAGCAAAGUACAAGCAUAACACACCAUGGCCUGCAUUUACAGAGACAGUCCAUGAUGAUAGUGUGUCUAAAGAAAAUGAAACUGAGCCUCAACAGAGCAGCAAAGCCAAAGCUUUGAAGGUACAUUGAUAAUUUGAAAGUCUGUUACAGUGUACCUGCUUGUUAUAAAAACUACUGAAAAGCUCCGACACACACCAUAAUUAGGGACCUUAAGCAAGGAUGACGACAACGGCAGUGAAAACUUCGGUAAAAAAUGAAUUUGUACUCUUUUAAACUUAAUCUCGUCUAUUUGGACCCGCUCAAUAUGUCAAAAGCAGGCGACUUUUCAUGGAUUUGAAUUCUUAAGGAUUUUAUUCAGGUUCAAAAAGAGGAAGGAAAAUUUGUCGCAAAUUGGGAGGUUUUACAUCGUAGUCAUGCAAUGGGCAUCAAAGAAAUGUACUAAAAAGUGUGAUGGAAGUGCAGAGCUGUUGUUUUGAUCAUUAAACCUAUUGUUUUUAUGAAGUUGACCCUGUGGUCGUCAUCGUAGUUGCUUAAGCUCCCUGUUGACUUGAGCAGUCAGUCAAUGAUUAAUUUUGGUGGAAUUCUUUAUCGUCGACACUGAACCAGCCAAACAUAACCAAACACAGUCCAACAUUUUUUGUUGUUGUCAUUGUUUGUUUGUUUGUAAUGGGAGAAGUUAGGGUUGCUGAGCAGUUAGAGUGCCUGACUUGCAAUCCAGUGGCCUUGAGUUGAAGACCUGCCCUAAUGGUUAGCUGAAUUUUUCAACAGUUAGGUCACCUGAUUUUAUGAUCAAUUUUUAAGGCGAUUUGCUGGUUUUGCACGGCAGAUCUUCAGCACAUGUAUCAAGAUGGCAGCCAUGAAAAGAACCUUCUAGAGAAACAUUACUAAAAUGAUGGCAGGGAUGAGACUCUAAGAGUUUGACUUCCUAAUUGAGGCUGUCAGUGGAUGUUAAACUUGUACUAAAACACUACAAAUGGCAUUAAAGCUCUGUCUGUAUUACAUUGGGUGCUAAUUGGGGAUAUCACGAUUGAUACAGUAUUUUUCAAUGCUAAUCUUCCACCUUUCAGUUGUACAUGCUGUUUUGAAACUUGCCUUAGUCCUCACUUAAUAGUCAAUACUUUCUACAGCUCUACCAAAAACCCAGAAUAAUAACCCUAUCUUUCAUUUCAUGAUAUUAUUCAUUAUAGAAUGGCAAGAAACAGAAUUUUACAACAAUGUACUGUGUAUCAUUUCAUCCUGAUACAUACUCUCUAGCUUGCUUACUCUUUGACCAGAAACCUUUCAAUAUCUUUUUGCCUUUGUUUGCAUCUAGGUCCGGUGUGGAAAAUGUGGCAAUGGUUUGGGACACGAGUUCUUAAGGGAUGGUCCAGAUGGUAUUUCCUCACGUUUCUGAAUAUUCUCAGACUCACUAAAGUUCAUCCCAAGGAAGGAUGAAAAAGUCAGUGAGUCAACCUCAGAUCAGAAUGGAGCAAAAUAAGUAGCUGGAUUACAUGUUUGCUUGAAGUUAAUUUAAUGAAGUAACCUGUAUAUUAAUUAUUUAUGAUAAUCAGGAGAUUGUUUUUAUCUUACUGACCAGAGAAGGUUGACGUGGAAGGGGGAUGGGGAAGGGGGGUCUUUUCUACAUUUAUAUAGGCUAUUUUGGAAGUUCUACUUCAAAGGAUGUGACUUUUCUGUUUUUCACAGUGUCAAAAAGUAUAGAGUAGCAUUAAAACCGCAUAAAAUGUACUUGAAAGCAUGAGGGGUAUCCAACAAGCUUGACUGAUUUAUUUUUGUCACUGAAUAGUUAAUAAUAUUGGUGGAGAAAUCUCUGUGUAUGAAAAUAUGAAUACUUCUAAAUUUGUCUAUACUAGGUCUAGCAAAGGGCUUGAAGACAUUUUCUCCACCUUUCCAAGGAGCUGUUAAAAAAAAUUUAACUUCAGGACAGAGCUGUCUUGAGGAAAUUUACUGAUUACAAGUAACAAAGAUGGCAAGGCUUAAUAUAAAUUAUUUUAAUUCAUGCCUUUCUCUGUGCAAACUAGUUUUCCAAAAGGGUAAGAACUAAAAAUGUGUGGCUUCACCUCACCCCCUUGACAAUCAACAUUCUUCUGUAGAGAAGGAUGCAUGUGUCAACUGUGUCUGAAGUUAAUCUUGUCGUACGAAAAACUGAGGCAAAACCGACGGCAUGUUUGUCACAGGGGUGAAGCGUCGGUUUACGGUCAUCUCGCCACCAAGAAGUCGACUCGCUACUAACGAACAGCUCUGAAAUAAUUGACACAGUUAAAUACCCAGGAUUACUUAUCUAAGAUCUUUAACUUUUUCGUCAAGCUUAUUCGAAUUUAAAGGCGACUCAAAUACAAAUCUGUCGAUCCUUAUUGACGAUCCUUGCGUCGAACGUCUUUAGCAAAUACUAAUAAUACACGUAUAGGUUCUGCGAAUGUUAACUUUGGAAUUUGAGAGAAUAAAAAACUAGCAGAAACGUUGCACAACCAGUAGUCAUUUCUUUGGAAUAUGAAAAUAAAGUAACGGUUAAGAAGUUUUCGUUCAUGAAGUUUCAAAACAAUGCUAAGCUUAGUUCUACUGUUGGUGGCGAUUUCUUUGGUGGCGAGGUGACCAGAUACCGAAGCGUGAGAACCAUCACAGCCAUCAACCUUCCGUUUUUCAUGGCUGUUAGGAUGUUUUCUGCAACAACACAAAACACUUUAUCUAGCUGUUCUGUUAGGGUGCAUUGCCUUUCUUGCACAAAGUCAACA